UGCUAUAAUUAGGGUGUGACUGGUAAGAAAUUAGUAUUGUUUUAUUUUUGAUAAACAAAAAGUUAUUGUAACACAUUUCUUGAUGCUAGAUAUGGAGGAAAAAGAUGUCCUGCCACUUAUUAAAGUCGAACCAAAACAAGAAGAACAAAUCCAUUCUGAUCUUCAAAAAAACAGUUUCGUAAGCAACGAAGCAUUGGUUACAAUAAAGGACGAAGAAAUUUCCAUUAGUGCACAGUGUUCCAAAUUGUUCUAUAAUAAAGUACAACAAACUGAUUGUCGAUGGAACAUUAAAACUGAAAUUUCCACCAAUUUUGAAUGUGACAUUGGUCAACACACAACAAAUAAAGACUUCAACUGUGCUCAUUGCGAUUAUGGAACAAAGAAUAAAAAACUGCUUCAACGGCACAUUUUAACACAUAAACGUAAUGCGCUUCAAUGUGUCAAUUGUGAUUACAAGACGCAUAAGAAAUACGACUUAAAACUACACCUCUUAAACCAUACCAAUUCCAAAGUUUUUAAAUGUGCCCAUUGUGAUUAUGAGACAAAUUACAAAACCAACUUUAAACGACACCUUUUAAAACAUUCCGAUUCUAAAGAUUUUAAAUGUGAUCAUUGUGAUUACAAGACAAAUAGUAAAUCCUACUUUAAGGGACACCUUUUGAAACAUAAGGAUUUGAAAUGUGCUAAUUGUGAUUACAAGACAAGCAACAAAUACUGCUUUAAACGACACCUCUUAAAUCAUACCGAUUCUAAAAAUUUUAAAUGUGUCAAUUGUGAUUUUGAGACAAAUAACAAAUACUACUUUAAACAACACUUUUUAAAUCAUACUAAUUCUAAAGAUUUUAAAUGUGCCAAUUGUGACUACGAGACAAAGUACAAAAACAACUUUAAACGACACCUCUUAAAUCAUAUCGAUUCUAAAAGUUUUAAAUGUGCUAACUGUGAUUUCAAGACAAAUAACAAAUACUACUUUAAACAACACCUUUUAAAUCACACCGAUUCUAAAGAUUUUAAAUGUGCUAAUUGCGCUUUCAAGACCAAUAACAAACAGUACUUUAAAAGACACCUUUUAAAUCAUACUGAUUCUAGAGAUCUUAAAUGUGUUUAUUGUGAUUAUGGAACAAAUAAUAAACAAUGUAUUAAAGAACAUUUUUUAAAACAUACCGAUUCUAAAUCUUUUAAAUGUGCUCAUUGUGAUUAUGAAACAAAAAAUAAACAAUGUCUCAAACAACACAUUUUAUCACACAAAAUUUCUAGUAAUGUGAUAAAAUGUGCUAAUUGUAAUUACGAGACCAAUAAGAAAAACAACUUUAAACGACACCUUUUAAAACAUAAAGUUUCGAAAGAUUUUAAAUGUGCUAAUUGUGAUUAUGAGACAAGUGACAAAUACCACUUCAAACAACACCUUUUAAAUCAUACUGAUUCUAAAAAUUUUAAAUGUGCUAGUUGUGAUUACGAGACAAAUUACAAAAACAACUUUAAACGACACAUUUUAAAUCAUACUGAUUCUAAAAGUUUUAAAUGCGCCAAAUGUAAUUACGAGACAGGUGACAAAUACCACUUCAAACGACACUUCUUAAAUCAUACCGAUUCUAAAGAUUUUAAAUGUGCUAGCUGUGCUUACCAGACAAAUGAUAAAUGCUACUUUAAACGACACCUUUUAAAACACACCGAUUCUAAAUAUUUAAAAUGUGCUAAUUGUGAUUACGAGUCAAAUGACAAAUACUGCUUUAAACAGCACUGUUUAAAACAUACGGGGUCUAAAGAUUUUAAAUGUGCUCAUUGUGAAUAUGAGACACAUAACAAAUUAUGUCUUAAACAACACCUUUUAAAGCAUACAAACCGUUUUUAACAUAAAAUGCUGGCCAAAUGUUUGCGUAUGUGGAGACGUAAAGAUAGAGAUGUUUUGGGCCCGUUCAAAGCACAUUUAACGAGAUAUAGUCGAUAUAAGGUCGACUGAGGUGCCCGAUUUUUAUAUAUUUACUUGAAUUUCUGAAAACCAAACUUUUUUUAGCUGGGACUUAAACAGUUUAAUAAGAAAUGUUAUGAUGAUUAAUGUACCACGACAGCAACGCUAUACCCAUGGUACAAUAAUAUAAUAAUAAUAUUGUACCAUGGCUAUGCCUUUGUUUUGUUUAAAAGGUGACAUUUUCAUACUUUUAUUUUGGCACUUCUUUCAUUCUGUAGCUAAAUUGGCCUUGGUACUAAAUACAUGUAUGAAAUGUUUAAAUGCUUACCAUGCCGCUUUUGAUGAUCCUCUUCAGGAGUAGAAUAAGAAUCUAGCAGUGGAAAAGGUCACGUGAUCUCUCUACACAUUAAUAACUGAAAGAACGGCGCGAAAAGCGGAUGGAGCCUUUAACAUAACUUCUACUCCUUUUACUCUUUAAUAGAAAAACGAUACGAUGUCAGCACUUUUCCGGUGCACCAAUAAACGAACCAUAAAAUGAGUGAUCAAAAAUUUAUAACACUUGAACGAACGUACCUCUUGUAUCGGCAAUCUUAAAAAAAAUGAUUAAAAACUCAUGUUGCGCCACUGGAGUGGCGUCAAAAUAUGCCACGAGCUUCACCUACAUUGGUACCGAUACUUGAGCUACAGCCAGAGCUUUGUUUACCUCUGUAGUAGAGGGUUUGACUGGUUAGAUAAAAAAUUUGUAUUGUGUAUUGUGAUAAAUAAAAACGUAAUUUCUGGAUAGUCAUUGAUGCUAGGAUAUGGACGGACCACUAAUUAAAAUCGAACCAAAACAAGAAGAAGAAAUCCAUUCCGAUCUCCAAGAAAACAUUUUAGUAACCAAUGAAGCUUUGGUUUCAAUAAAGGGCGAAAUUACCGUCAGUGCACAGUGCUCCAAAUCGCCCGAUAAUGAAGAAGCACAAACUAAUUCUGGAUGGAAUAAUAAGAGUCAAAUUUCCAACGAUUUUGAAUGUGACUCCGGCCAACACACGAGAAAUAGUAAGUUGCCAGUUCAACCAUUUCUUUUAAAACGUAAUGUUUCAGGAUUUAACUGUGCUCAUUGUGAUUAUGGAGCAAAUAAUAAACAGCUGUUUCAACAGCACAUUUUAACACACGAUCGUAAUGCGUUACAAUGUGUUAACUGCCAUUACAAGACAAAUGAGAAAAACCGUUUAAAACAACACCUUUUAAAACAUAGACUUUCUAAAUAUUUUAAAUGUGCUAAUUGUGAAUACGAGACAAACAACACAUGCUACUAUAAACAACACCUUUUAAAUCAUUCCGAUUCUACAGAAUUUAAAUGUGCUACUUGUGGUUACGAGACAAAUAACAAAUACCACUUUAAACGACACAUUUUAAACCAUACCAAAUCUAAAGAUUUCAAAUGUGCUACUUGUGAUUACCAAACAAACGACAAAUGCUACUUUAAAAAACACCUUUUAAAACAUACAAAGUCUAAAUAUUUCAAAUGUGCUAAAUGUGAUUAUGAGUCAAACAACAAAUAUCACUUUAAGCGCCACCUUUUCAAACAUACAGAUUUUAAAUGUGCUAACUGUGAUUACCAGACAAAUAACAAAUGCUACUUUAAAAGACACCUUUUAAAUCAUGCCGAUUCUAAAAAUUUUAGAUGUGCUAUGUGUGAUUACGAGACAAAUAACAAAUACUACUUUAAACGACACCUUUUAAAUCAUACCGAAUAUAGAGAUUUUAAAUGUGCUCAUUGUGAUUAUGGUACAAACAAUAAACAAUGGCUUAAAGGACAUAUUUUAACACACAAACUUUCCAGUAAUGUUCGAAAAUGUGGUAAUUGCGAUUACGAGACAAAUAACAAAAACUACUAUAAACGACACCUUUUAACACAUACCGAUUCUAAAGCUUUUAAUUGUGUUAAUUGUAAUUACAAGACAAAUAACAAAUACCACUUCAAACGACACUUUUUGAAACAUACCAAUUCUAAAGAUUUUAAAUGUGCUAAUUGCGAUUAUAAGACAAAUAACAAAUACUACUUCAAACGACACCUUUUAAAACAUACUGAUUCUAAAGAUUUUAAAUGUACUCUUUGUGAUUACGAGACAAAUAACAAAUACUACUUUAAAGGACACCUUUUAAAACACACCGAUUCUAAAGUUUUUAAAUGUGCUAAUUGUCAUUACGAGACCAAUUAUAAAUCCAGCUUUAAAAGACACCUUUUAAGACAUACCGAUUCCAAGAAUUUUAAAUGUGCUCAUUGUGAUUAUAAAACAAAUAAUAAUCGAUAUCUUAAAGGGCACCUUUUAAAACAUACCGAUUUUAAAGACUUUAAAUGUACUAAUUGUAAUUACGAGACUAAUAACAAACGCUACUUCAAACGACAUCUUUUAAAACAUAAAGUUUCUAAAGAUUUUAAAUGUGCUCGUUGCGAUUAUGAGACGCAUAACAAAUUCUGUCUAAAAAAACACGUUUUAAGACACACAAAACCGUUUUUACAAUGAACGAAUGUCUCGUUAACUAGUGUGUGGCUUCAUGCUUUUGUUUGUGUAUGUGAAAAUAUGUAAGCAAAUUUGUCACGAGAUGCAGUGUACCGGAAGCUGGACUGCGGUACUGAGGUCUUUGGAUUUUAUAUAUUUACAUGAAUUUGUGAACACCUGACCUUCAAUCAAUAUGGAUUCUUUAAAAUUUUGGACUUUAUUACUAUCGGAGUAAAAUGUAGAGUCCGC